CCGCAUCGCUGCGGCCCUAGGGGCCCCUCGCUGGCGCGGGCCGUCCCCCGCAAAUCCCUCAAAGCGGAACGACUUCUAAGUGGGGCACCCGCGGUCCUCAACCGCUGUCCCCACCCCGGUCCCCACCCCGCUCCUGGGCGCCCCCCAGCGCCCUUGCACAGGCCCGGCCCGAGUUGUGGGCGCGGAUGGGAGGAUCGUGAUAACGCCACGCGUUGCGGGUGACGCACAACGCAGGCGACCUUCUAGGGGCGCGCGCCUCGGGCGCCCGUUUUGAAGCUGCCCUGAGCUGGGCGGGCCCUGCUGCGGUCCGAACGCCCGCCUCGCCCGGGCCCCGCGAGUCCACGCAGCCCCGGGGCGGGGCGCCGCCCCCCACCCCUUGCGCAGGAGCCCCACCCGGCCGGCGCCGCUCGCCCCGGACCCAGGACCCCGGACCCAGGACCCCAGACCCGCGACCCCCGCCGGCCGGCCGCCUUCACCCGGGACCUCCGGUCCGGAACCCUGACUCUGCCGGGCCCCGCCUCCUCCUCUGGCCCCGAAUCACGACUCCCUCGGACUCCCCUUUGGCGGCCGUAGCCCGCUCGGCGGUUCAUUCAGGCCCGAGUUCUGUCCGGGUCCCGGGCACGUGUGCGGGAGGAAGGGGGUCCCCCAGGAAGGGGGGCGCCGAGUCCCGGAGAUGCCGCCCGGCAAAGUCCUGCAGCCGGUCCUGAAGAUGAAGGUGGAUGAGCUCUUCCUGUGCUGGCUCAGCGAGCCCAGCACGCAGGCGAUGCUCCAGGACUGUUUGCAGAGGAUCAAGGUGCCCGGCAGGCCCGAGAGGGGCGGAGGAGACACGAGGCAGCCCGCGCCCCCGCUCGCCGCCCCAGCCCCGGCCUGCAGACCUCGCGGCCCCGGUAGCCUGGGCGCGCCCAGUCCGGCCCCGGCGUCCACCGCACUCCCAGUGGGAGCCGCCUCUAGUGCCCGGAGUGGGCCACCUGUUCGAGGGCCUCGUAGAUCCGCAGGGACCAGAGUAGUCCAGACCAAGAAGGAGGAGCCCCUGCCCCCGGCCGCCAGCCAGAGCAUCCCCGCCUUCUACUUCCCCCGCGGCCGCCCCCAGGACACCGUGAACAUCGAUGCCGUCAUUGCCAAGAUCGAGAGGACCUUCGCCCAGUUCCCGCACGAGAGGGCCACCAUGGAGGACAUGGGCAGAGUGGCCAAGGCCUGCGGCUGCCCGCUCUACUGGAAGGGGCCGCUUUUCUGCGGUGCGGGGGGAGAGCGCACCGGCUCCGUCUCCGUCCACAAGUUCGUCGCCAUGUGGAGAAAGGUCCUGCAGAACUGUCAUGACGAUGCUGCCAAGUUCGUCCAUCUGCUCAUGAAUCCCGGGUGCAACUACCUGGUGCAGGAGGACUUCAUCCCCUUCCUGCAGGACGUGGUGAACACCCACCCCGGCCUGGCCUUCCUGAAGGAGGCGUCCGAGUUCCAUUCCCGCUACAUCACCACCGUCAUUCAGAGGAUCUUCUACACCGUGAACAGGUCCUGGUCCGGGAGGAUCACCUGUGCAGAACUCAGGAGGAGCAGCUUCCUGCAGAACGUGGCGCUGCUGGAAGAGGAAGCGGACAUCAACCAGCUGACAGAGUUCUUCUCGUACGAGCACUUCUACGUCAUCUACUGCAAGUUCUGGGAGCUGGACACCGACCACGACCUGCUCAUCGACGCGCAGGACCUGGCCCGGCACAAUGACCACGCCAUUUCCAGCAGGAUGAUUGACAGGAUCUUCUCCGGAGCCGUCACGCGGUACGUCUCGGCCCCGCUGCUCUGCGCCUCCUCAGGGCUGUGGCCGCUUUCGCGCUGUGUCCACCUCUGCCGUUCGCCGCCCACGGGGGCGGCACGUUCAGUGCCUGCCAACGUCACAGGGAAGAAGGUGCAGAAAGGCGGCAAGAUAAGCUACGCGGACUUUGUCUGGUUUCUGAUCUCGGAGGAGGACAAGAAGACUCCCACCAGCAUCGAGUACUGGUUCCGCUGCAUGGACCUGGACGGGGAUGGGGCGCUGUCCAUGUUCGAGCUGGAGUACUUCUACGAGGAGCAGUGCCGCAGGCUGGACAGCAUGGCCAUCGAGGCCCUGCCCUUCGAGGACUGCCUCUGCCAGAUGCUGGACCUGGUGAAGCCCCAGAGUGAAGGGAGGAUCACGCUGAGCGACCUGAAGCGCUGCAAGCUCGCCGGCGUCUUCUUCGACACCUUCUUCAACAUCGAGAAGUACCUGGACCACGAGCAGAGAGAGCAAGCCUCGCUGCUCAGGGAGAGCGACAGCGAGGGCCCCGAGCUGUCCGACUGGGAGCGCUACGCGGCCGAGGAGUACGACCUGCUGGUGGCCGAGGAGGCCGUGGGCGAGCCGUGGGAGGAUGGGUACGACGCCGAGCUCAGCCCUGUGGACCAGAAGCUGAGUGCGCUGCGGUCUCCGCUGGCCCAGAGGCCCUUCUUCGAGACGCCGUCUGGCCUGGGCACCGUUGACCUGUACGAGUGCGGGGAUGACGACCUGCAGCCCUCGUGACCCGCCCGUGGGACGUCCGUGCGGCCCGCUGGAGGCAGCGACUUCUGUGUCGAAAGCAGACUGUUUGGUGGCUGAGCUGUGUCUUUUACAGAAAGUGAAGUGUGUUUGACGGAAUGAUAGUUGUUAUUUAUUCACGCGGAAGCUGGUCGGAGGCGGGCACGGAGGCGCGUGUCCCACCUGUCCUGGAGGGGCCAACGCGCACACAGGAACCCGGGCCUGGCCUGGGGGCCACCCACGUCCAGGGCGUCCCUGAAGAUGAGGACGGCCGCGGCCCCGCUGGCCGGCUCUUGUGUCCCGGUGUGUGGAGGCGCCCCCUUGUCCCUGCUGACAGCCAGCCCCAGAGGGGACCAGGCUGCUGUCCCUCGGGCUGGUCGGCGGGCAGGGGCCCGCAGGUGGGCGGUGGUCGUCAGGAACAUUCCAGGAGCCCCAGAAGCUUCCGUCCUGCACGAGCGUCCCCGGGAGGGCACGCCACCGCCACAGGGAGCACCCACGCCAGCUUCUGUGAACGUUGUUGUGUAAAUGUACAAAACAUGUAAAGUUACCUUUUAUUUGCCGUGCAGAGCUGUUUAAAAAUGUUUUAUGAGAUCACGUUUGUAUUUUCAAAUAAAGAAUUUACGGAUUUUC